AUGACUCAACCAAACGCAUCGCCACUGUCGGCCUCGUUUGCUGACUAUGGAAAGCAUCACAUUCUCUCCCUAUUACCUGCAGAGUCACGGAUCCUGGCAGUAGCUUCUGCCAGAAUCUAUUUUGCACCAUUCGACGGCCGCGGUGAGGAUUGGGUCUGUACGGGCCUGCAGGGGUCGCUGGUGUUUGGUAGUACAGCGCAGUCCGAUGAAUGGUCGGAAACCACCCUCACGAGCCAAGUUUCGAAUUUCGUGCAGAACUACUGGUUCCGUCUCAUCGACGGGAUAUCUGGGAAGGGUGUCGUUUGGCAGUACCAGAUUCCCGCAGGAUUCGAGUAUAGACUCGACAAGCCUUUCUUCCAUGUCUUCUCUGCGAUGACAAGGAUGUUCGGCUUCCGUUUCGACGACGACGGUGAAGCGGCACGUUUUUACCGCGCCGUUGUCGGUCAUUUUCAGGCGACAGAGCCGCAGUCGAAGAGAAAGUCGCGGCCCUCAACCCCAAAGAAUCGAGUCUCGCCCGCGAUGAUCUCCGCUCCUGCCAUGGACUCAUUCGUACACCUGGCGCAUGUGGGAUUCAACGAAGACGGCUAUCUCGAGGUGCCCGACCUCCUCACGCCUCGCUGGAAAGAGACGAUUCAGGGACCCCAGGCCCACCGCAGGUCGAAGAACAUAGACGACGACAGCGGGCUCAUCGACGGCUUCUGGACGAGCGUGACUACCAUCCACUCUCAGCCGCCAACGCUUCAAGCGGCUCCGCCCCCUCGUGGGGCAGCGUUCCUCCGCCGCGUGCGCAUGCGCAGCGGGGUGGCGAAGGUGAAUUCUAUGAGCUUCGUCGAUGGCUUCUGGAAGGGUCCCAAAGCAGCCCGGAGGGCGUCAGCGUAG